AUGAAGAAACAUUUGUUGGACUACUUGAAGACAAUCGACCAAAACAUCUCGAUAUCUGUGUAUCGUUUUGGUGGCAAACAUAUCGGCAGUCGUGUCCCAUCGUAUCAAUGGUUACUUAAAGCUCUGGAGUACUCAUGUCAUGGUAUCCCGUGGUUUGCCAUCACUAUUAUCUCAUUGUAUUUGAUCCCAAACAACAAGACUGUCGCCCAACUAUUGAUAGGUCUUUGUUUGGACAUAAUUUUUGUGGCCGUAAUAAAGGCGACGACUCGUCGCCGAAGACCAGGCUAUGCUCGACAGGACGACCAGAUGCUAGUCAUAGGACCGGACAAACACUCGUUACCGUCGGGCCACUGCUCGCGAGCCACAUAUGUGGCCCUCUUCUGCGCCAAUCACUCCUUUAUGUCGUUAAUCAUAUGGAUGUGGUGUCUGUGUGUCUGCACAUCGCGUGUACUUCUUGGCCGACACCAUGUGUUUGAUGUGAUCGCCGGCGUGUUUGUCGGGUAUCUGUUAUAUUGUAUUCAAUAUAUCAUUUUGACACCAAUUGAUACACUCCUCUUGUGGACAGUCAGUGCCUUAUUUAAUGUCGGCUUCACUGAUACCAAUGAUUUUGAUUAA